AUGGCUUUUUUUCCUCUCCAUGGCCGAAAUCCUUUCAACCCGUUCCCCGGCCCCAAACCCGAUUCCAGUCCGAAUUGGCCUCGAUUCCACUUAAUACUGGUGUUGCCGCUGCGACUGGUCCUCCUUUUCUACUUCUUCCAGUAUGAGAAAGAUGGAAAGCCAUCCGAGCUAUCUUCAGUGGACGUGUUUGUGACUACUGUGGACCCCAUGAAAGAACCUCCCCUUAUUACAGCAAACAUGAUUUUGUCAGUACUUGCUUGUGACUACCCACUCAUAUUUGAUGUUUGCCGACUUUUUUGUGAUCUCCCCGACGCCGUCUGCUGCGACUGCAAGAACGACUUCGUCCGGAAAGCCACCAUACCGUUAAGACAAACCUCAGGUCAAAUCUUUCACAUUGGGCCGAUAAUGGAGAAAAGAUUCGGUGCAGACCCAAACCAGAAGGCUCGGGUUCUACUGCGUGAUGUGAUGGAGAAGAUGAAGCCAUUCUUAAUGGCAUAUGAAGGGAUUCAAAGAAGAGUGGGAGAAAUGAGUAAGCACAAGAAAGAAGUAGUUAUGAAGAAAGCUGAAAAUGAUUUAGCUGCCGUGAUGGAUCAACACAAGUCAUGCAUAAUUCAGGAAUAUGUUGAAGCUGCUACACUUUGCAACUUUUGUAAAAAUGGUACACUUUUGAAUCUUGAUGGGAUCAAUACUUCCUUGCUACCUCUAAGCGACCCAUCGGUCGAGCCUUUGCAGAUUAAAUGCCACUUAGAAUUCAUCUGUAAUGAACUCGCAUCUUGGGGUUGCUUCCAUUCUCUGGUGUUGCAUCGGGAUGAGAAAGUAGACAUGACGAGUCCUGAUGAUAUCUUAGUUCACCCUUUAAAAAAUCGAGAAAGACAACGUAGGUACAGGGCCACAAAACGUCACCAAGCUGAUAUGAGAAAGAUCAUGUGA